AUGGUGGGUGCAAAAGCGGUCACAAGUCCCAACACCUCCCUCCGCCUGGCACCGCAACGCAGGGGAGUCAACAGUGUCAUAGUGAGUCCUCCCUUCUACCAGGUGUCCUGCUGCGGGCCUGCUCCCUGUACCUGCUGCUGCCCUUCUAGGUGGCCCGCUCUCACAGAGUCUCCCUGCAGCCGCCUGUUCUACAUCCUCCUCCAUGUGGGCACCUCAGCAGUCUGCUGCCUCCUGCUGUCAAGGACAGUGAUGGAAAGAGUCUGGGGCAAGGCACAUGGGAUCCAGAUGCCCUCAGGGCUGUGUGCCCAUCUGUUUGGCCUCUCUCACUGCCCAGUGCUUAGCGGCUCUGGGGCUGUAUACCGAGUAUGUGCAGGAACUGCCACCUUCCACCUGCUGCAGGCUGUGCUGCUGAUCGACCUCCACUCCCGCACGAGCCUAAGAGCACAGCUACACAAUAGUUUCUGGCUCCUCAAGCUGCUAUUCCUGCUAGGUCUCUGUGCUGUUGCCUUCUGCAUCCCUGAUGAUCAUCUCUUUCCAGCCUGGCAUUACAUUGGCAUAUGUGGCGGCUUCACAUUCAUCCUGCUGCAGCUGGUGCUUAUUACUGCCUUUGCUCAUUCCUGGAACAAGAACUGGCAAACAGGUGCAGCCCAAGACUGUCGCUGGCUCCUCGCUGUGCUGCUGACCACCCUAGGAUUCUACAGCAUGGCAGGUGCAGCAGCCGUGCUCCUGUUCCAACACUACACGCACCCAGCUGGCUGCCUGCUCAACAAGAUGCUGCUUAGUCUGCACCUUUGUUUCUGUGGCCUCCUCUCCUUCCUCUCCAUCGCUCCCUGCAUCCGCCUCAAGCAACCUCGCUCUGGCCUUCUACAAGCCUCUAUCAUCAGCUGCUAUAUCAUGUACCUGACAUUCUCUGCGCUGUCCAGCCGUCCUCCAGAGAGUGUAAUCCUUCAAGGACAGAAUCACACUCUGUGCCUGCCUGGCCUGAGUAAAAUGGAAUCCCACACACCAGAUACUUCUCUGGCAAUGAUGAGUGCUGGCAUCAUGUAUGCUUGCGUGCUUUUUGCUUGCAACGAGGCUUCUUACCUGGCUGAGGUAUUUGGGCCCUUGUGGAUUGUCAAGGUUUACAGCUAUGAGUUCCAGAAGCCCUCGCUCUGUUUCUGCUGCCCUGAAACAGUGGAGCCAGAGGAAGGGCCAAGCAGUGUGGCUGCCAGGCCAGCUGACCAAGAGACCUCUCCAGCUCCUCCAGUGCAAGUCCAGCAGCUUUCCUAUAGCUAUUCUGCCUUCCACUUCGUCUUCUUCCUUGCAUCACUUUAUGUCAUGGUUACCCUCACCAACUGGUUCAGCUAUGAGGGAGCAGAGCUGGAAAAGACCUUCACCACAGGUAGCUGGGCUACCUUCUGGGUCAAGGUUGCCUCAUGCUGGGCCUGUGUACUCCUCUAUCUGGGGCUGCUACUAGCACCAUUCUGUUGGUCCCCAACCCCAGACCCCCAGCAUCCUAUCUUCAGGCGACACUGUCAUCGUGUCAGUAUUGCCAAAUGA